UUGAUGAGGCACAGCUGUAAACCUAAUCACUUCCCUCACCUUUCUCUCACUGCUGCAUGUGAUCCCUUGUCCUUGUCUCCCCCUCUACCGUCAAUCUCUCACUCACUGUACCAACGAAUGGCUCUCAAACCCCCUCACCCUCUCACCGUUGGGACAAAUACUCAAGCACCUACUCGGCACUAAACCCACUAGAGCUUCUUUUCACUCUCUCUCUCUCUCUCUUUCUCUCGCUGAGGCUAUCCAUGGCAUAUCCGGCUCUGACCAAGCUUCUCAUCCUCUGCUCUCUCCUUGUGUUCGUUCAAUUGGGUCCGCGUGUUCGGGCUCAGCUUGAGGAGACCAGCUUGAAGCUGAUGAGCGACGCGUUUGAGUGGCCGACGACAAUGUCGUCGCUGUACGACGACGAGUUUGGCGGCGAGGGGGAGGACGAGGACGACAACAAGGAUGGUGGGUCGUCAGGGCGUAGGUCUUUGUUCUGGCAUACAGUUGUAAGGUAUUACAUUUCGUACGGCGCGCUCUCGGCCAAUAGAAUCCCGUGCCCGCCUCGCUCUGGGAGGUCCUACUACACCCACAACUGCUACAAUGCCAGAACCCCAGCAAACCCUUACACUAGAGGCUGCUCUAGGAUCGCUCGCUGCAGGAGAUGAGAGUGGUCGAUUUGGGUUUGAAAUGCUCUUUUAUUCGAUUUAUGUUAAUGGGUAUGUGUGAGUUUUGUUGGGUGUGGGCUGAGAGUGUUAAGCCAUCUGGGUAGUGUGAGUUUUGGGUAUUACUUAGUCGGUAUUAUUAUCCAUUUAUGUAGACAAUGUGCUUAGACGCUUGCAUAUGUAUGGAAAUUUGGCCUGGUUUUUGGUUA